UUCUGCCUAUAUUAACUUCAUCAUUUUUCUCAAUAUCCAUUCACCAUUUCCAUUCUCUCUCUCUCUUUCUUGUAAUUUCUUGAACAAAAAUGGCGCCCAAGCAAAAGGGUACUGGAUCCGUUCAAUUAAGCCGCCAAGAUGAAAAAGAGUUUCAUUUCAGAGGUGUAAGGAAGCGUCCAUGGGGAAGAUAUGCAGCUGAAAUCAGGGACCCAAAUCGGAAAACCCGUGUUUGGCUCGGUACUUUCGACACUGCUGAGGACGCGGCUCGUGCUUAUGACGCCGCCGCUAGAGAUUUCCGGGGUUCUAAGGCUAGGACUAAUUUCCCGUUUCCCGAACAAAUUGUUGUUGAGAUUCCAUGUAAAUUGAGUCCUAGUCAGAACAGCACCGUUGAAACCGCUAGUAAUGAAGGGUUUUCUUUCCCUGUCGUGUCGGAAUCUUGGCCGAGUCUUGAUCUGAAUCUUGGAACCGCCGCUAUGUUCCUCCCACCGCCGACCAACACGACCGGUUCUUUUUAUUUCAACGCGAUUGUCGGCCAAUCAGAGAGCGAUUCUGAUUCUUCUUCUAUCAUUAAUAAUAAUAAUAAUAAUAAUAAUCAGAAAAUUCUGAAUUUGGAUCUGAACUUUCCUCCGCCGGAGGAAGAGGCUUGACGCCCGCCCCGCCGGUGACGGUAACGGUAAACGCUAAACGACGCCGUUUACUAGUAGUAACUACCGUUUUAAUUUCUUAGAGAGAGGUAGGAUUGUAAGUGAGAGAGCUCAGUAGUAGUUUGGAGGAUGCAGAUGACAUGGAUCAAUGGUAACCGUCAGAUGUCUGAAUAUCCGCAGAUGGUCUUUUUUCCUUUUUUUAGUUUUUUUUUUUAAGAGAUAGAUCUAUGGUUGCUGUUUGUCUGUAAUAAACAUCUAACGCUCCAUCUGUAAUCUCCUCUUUAGUUUCGCUGCAACUAAAUACAGCAGAUUAUCCCUCCCUA